UUUUCUUUUAUUUCCUUCUCUUUUCAAAAUACAUGCGGACUUCUGAAGGGUUCCUGCUGAAUCUGUAUCAGUCUUGAUUUACGUUAAGGCAGAAGGAUAAGUGCAGGAAAGAAAGAGGUGUUGGUUUUUUCUCCCCAUUUUGCGGUGCUACUUUAAGUAACUAGACCAUGAAUACUAGCUUAUUUAAAAGAAAGAGUUGAGGCAGGUAUCUAACACCAAAUGUUGAUAUGUUCUUAGUAACUUUCUGAUGAUAUUAAUGUUUUUUCUUAGUCUGUAGAUUCCAGUCUUGGGGGACUUUCCAGGUCUAGUACUGUGGCUAGUCUAGAUACAGACUCCACAAAAAGUUCAGGACAAAGCAAUAGUAAUUCUGAUACAUGUGCAGAAUUCAGAGUUAAAUAUGUUGGUGCCAUUGAAAAACUGAAAUACAAUGAGAGCAAAAGUCUUGAGGGGCCACUGGACUUGAUAAAUUACAUAGAUGUUGCACAGAUGGAAAGUUACCUUUUGUUCCAGGUGAAGAGGAGUUUAUUAUGGGAGUUUCCAAAUACGGCAUUAAAGUUUCAACAUCUGAUCAAUAUGAUGUGUUACAUAGGCAUGCUCUCUAUUUAAUUGUACGGAUGGUGUGCUACGAUGAUGGUCUGGGAGCAGGAAAAAGUUUACUGGCUUUGAAGACAACAGAUGCAGCCUCUGAAGAAUGCAGCCUCUGGGUAUAUCAGUGCAAUAGUUUGGAACAAGCACAAGCUAUUUGCAAAGUGUUAUCUACAGCCUUUGAUUCAGUUUUAAUGUCAGAGAAGUCCUGAUGUUCUUCAGCUGCACAUGAUGGUGUAGCACAAGAGGCCUUUGUGUGGGGAGGAAAUGGGGCUCCUUCGUGACACCACAGACUGGCUGCAGCUACAGAGUCCCAGAAAAGACUCCCUGUGCAAACAAGAGCUAUGCAAACUUGCAUAUGGUACUCUCUCAUUCUCCAGACGUAACUUGAAGAAAUCAUUCCACCUUCAGUUGCCAGGACAAGACAGGAUUUUGUAUUUAACAUGGUAUUUUCCCCUCAAUAAUGUUUUGUAUAUUAAUGUCAAUAUUGUAGAAAUGUAAAAUAAAACUGACACAUCU